AGGCGGCAAGUUGAGAGCAGAACUUAUGGCACUUCACCGAAGGGGAGGCAAGACCGUGCGUAAAAACUGAAGUUUAGCACGCAGCUGCGCAACAUCGAAGGAAGCUCGGCACUAACACUGAUCUCCUCAAGUGAAGACGCCAAAAACAUAAACAGUGACGGAGAGAGGGGCAGGAAAGUUGGUUGUAUGGCACCGCAGUCGUGCGUAAUGAAUCCUGCGCAGGGAUCACCGCCCUCGGCUGCUACAGGGGAGACCUCACCGGAGGAUAGAGUCGCUGGUGGCGUCGGAACUGAUGAGCUGGACUUGUCACCUGAUCGAAGAUGCAAAAUCAAAAGCUUAGAUCUGCCUUUCAGUGUAGAAUCCCUCAUAUCAGACAGGACGCCGUGCAGAAGCCACCACUCCCCGGAGCCCGGCUCAGGCUGCGUGCGAUCGGAGGAGACCGAGUGUGCGUCACCGAGGGGACUUCAUCGGUCCAAGCCGGAGGUGAUGGACCUGAGCGACAAGGAGACGGGCACCUGGUUUCAGGGUCCUUACGCAUCCCCUACAAGACUUCCCAGCCCGACCCCGUGCAAUCUACGGAAACACAAGAACAACAGGAAACCCAGAACUCCCUUUACAACCUCUCAGCUGCUUUCUCUGGAGAGGAAGUUCCGUCAGAAACAGUACCUCUCCAUCGCGGAGAGAGCGGAGUUCUCCAGCUCCCUCAGCCUCACAGAGACCCAGGUUAAGAUCUGGUUUCAGAACCGCAGGGCCAAGGCCAAGAGACUGCAGGAGGCCGAGCUGGAGAAGCUAAAGCUGGCCGCGAAGCCGCUGCUCCCGGCCUUCGCCUUCCCCUUCCCACUGAGCGCACCCGUGGGCGCACCGGCCCUGUACGGGGCCCUGAACGGACCGCGUCCUGCCUUACCCGUCCCGGGACUAUUUAGUGGACCAUAUGGGAUGUACUACUUGUCUUAACUCUCACUAACUUUGAGCUGCUUCUCUGGGAGAGCUGCCUUUAAAAAAAAAAAAAGAAAAAGAAAAAGAAAAAAAAGCCUUCAUACAGCAGAUAACCAACAUUGCAAAAAAAAAAAAAAAGUCCAUCCUAUGAAUCAGUGUGUCUGAAAUUACAAAUUAAAUCUUGUGUGAAAUAUUUUUCGUUCUGACAAAGGUUUACUGGUGCGAGAGUAAUGUUUUUACGCAGCACAGCAGUCGGUUCAUUCAAGGAACAGAAACCAGAAACAUAUUUUCACUCGACUGUAAUUCUCCAGAAAUUCUAAUUAAUUUUCAGUAAACAGAUUUUAAAAUGUAUUUUUACGGUAAAUUAUUUAACAUGGUCAUUUUUGCAGUGUAUUCCGUAAAAUCCUUUCCUUUCCCAUGGCGGACUCUCGCUGAGCUCAUUUUAAAUUUUGAAAUGUCAUUUGUACUGUGAGCUUUUCUGUCCAAACACACAUAUUCCGGAAAUACUUUUUCCAAGUAAUUUUUUUUUGUCACCAGAGAAAAUGACAGGAUUAUUUAAAGGCCUGCAGCUUGGAGCUGGAAGCAAAAACUCUGAGGAGCCAUUGAUGUUUUUUGUUUGUUUGUUUGUUUUAAAUUCCAAUCUAGAGGCCUUUGGAAAUUACUCACAUUUACAGGACAGUUGUAAUUUAAUUUUAGGGGUAUAGAAAACACAGAGAAGCAUCAAUGGUAUAUUUAAAGGAAAACUUUUAGGGGUGGGUUAAAAAUAUUUCUCAGAGCUCUAUUGUCCAAAAGCUGUUAGGAAACACAUCAUUGGGCCACAUAGUUGCACUGGCUGACAUGUUUCCUUAUUGCUAAAAAAUACAGGAACUGUAGUUUAUUGCGAAACAAACCACAAAUAACUUCACACUUUUCCACUUUAACUUUUCAGAGAUCUGAAAGUGAUGACUGUUAAUAGUUUGUUUCAUUGGAUUUGUGGACGUUAUUAACAAUUUAAUCCCCCACUGAGCGAGGCCCCAAAACUCCUUUUGAAUAAUCUGAGGGACUUAGAUAAGACUAAUACAGCCCAGUCAGGAUUUUUUUAUAAGUUAAAGAGAAAGAAAAAAGCCUCAUUGGUACAGAACCCCUUUCAUCUCCAGCUUCACCGUCAUUCAACUAAAAGCACACAAAUGUAGAUACAGUUCAAGUAUGUCCAUAUUUAAAAUAUGCGGGUCUUCGCAAGCAAUAACACAUCCAACAUCCACCAAACAACUAUCAUGGAACAAAAUCUGAAGCGCUCAUUUGUGCCUUUUAGUUGCUGUUGUAAUUAAAUUGUCUGUAAUUUUUUUGUAUAUUGAAAACUGUUUACCUUUUGCGCUUUAGCUCUUAAGUGCUGCAGUGAUUCAACUAAACCAGAAGAACCUUCCUCGUGAAUUUAUUAUAACAAUCGCCACACACAAUUUCUUUGUUUCCGACUUGUUGACAGAUUUCCUCAUUUACAAAUCAACUAUAAAUCUGCUUUACUCUUGUCAUUACCUCAAACGGAGAAUGUUUUUGCACAGAUGGUAAAAGAACUUUGCAAGACCUGUUCCAUUACUAAAUGUAGAUAAAAGUCCUCGGCUAUUUUUGCAAACCCUCAAAGUGCUAAACGUGACUGAUGGACUGGCAUCAGUCAUUAUUGUACAGUGUAUUUUAUAUUUCAUGGGUGAACAUGUGUUUUGUACAAUUAUUAAAGUCUAUUAUGUAAAUUCUGA